CGAAGUUGCACCGAUUGCGUCGAUGUCAGCCAUUGCUCCGGCUCCAAGGCUGGUGGUACGUGCAGGGCUGCCCGGGUGCACUUGGAGGAGAAGCAGGGCUGUGCCCGCACCCAACCGUCGGCGCUUCUCGAUCUCGUCGGUGGCAGGCACACCGAGCAGAGUGCCUCGCUUGACGCUCUACACGGGCACGCACUGCCAGUUGUGCGACGUCGCUCACUCGCUCCUCGUCUCGCUGCAAAAGGACGUGCCCUUUGAACUGGACACGUACAAUAUCCGCGACGAUUCGGCGGCCGACGUCGGCAAGUGGCGUCGAAUGUACCAGUACGACAUUCCUGUCUUGCACAUGGACGGCAAGGAGAUUGGCCGACAUCGCUUCGAGCGCGAAAAGCUCCUAGAGCGCAUCACAGCAGCGUCAGAGUCCAUUGAAUCAAGUCGCUGAAAGGGAGGACCAAUUCAUCAUCGCUUUGAAAAACGUGAAAGAUGGAAUAAUACAGUACAAUGGUGAUGGUGCUCUAUAUUA